AUGCCCACCUUGAGUCGGGAGUGCCGGUCUUCCAUCAACCUGUGUCACAUGUUCAAGUUGAAUAAUUUGAAUAUUGCAACUCAACACUCUCAACAGUACGUAGCGGGGCUGCUGGACCGUACUUUUGGAAUCUGGCCGAUGCAACUGCCGCGGUAUGCUGAGCUGGUAAUGCUUACAAAUGGACAUGAAGAUUACUUGGUACCUAUGAGGCGAAUCAAUGACCCUGCAUUGGUGACCUUCGCUCCUAGAAAAAUGCCGGCCUGGAUUGUAUGGGAGGGUUGGGAGGAGUUGGUACAUCCCUUGGGGGGGACAUAUUACUAUCAUACUAAAAAGGCGAGCACUGGCCGAUUGUACAAGCAAUGUAUUUACUAA